CUAAGGUUAAACAGGCAUGUAAUAUCGUAUAAUUCACAAGAUGGUGGAUAUUUUUUGUGAGGAAGUAAGAAAGUGAUAUUUAUGUGCAUUUUAUUCUAAUUUUUCUGAAAUCAUUAUUUGAUUAGUGUUGAAAUAAAUAUGUAAUAACUUAUAAAAACUAAACUAGCAAUUUCAUUGCUCAUAUUAUUUAUGAGCUCAAAUAUAUAAUAUUUACUAUAAGUAAAAAAUAUUUUUAUUUUCUUUUCCUGUUAUAAAAAAAAUUAAAUAUUACAUUAAUAUUUAACAUAAUAUAUUAUAUAAAUUAAAAUUUAAAAAUACAUAAGAACUGUUUAAAAAAAUAAACAAUAAUGCACUCGACUAAAAACAAUUAAAACAGAUAAAACUAUGAAUAAUAUUACGUUUAUGUACUAUUACAUAUCUGAAAAUGAAAGUGAAGAAAAAAGAAAUAAUUUAUUUUUAAAUAAGAAGUGAGCAUUUUGUGAAAACUAAAUAUUUUUCAAUUAAAUAUUUCACAAUUUAUAUUCUAAAAUAUAUAUAUAUAUAUAUAUAUAUAUAUAUAUAUAUAUAGGAUAAUUAAUAUUUAUUAACUGUUUUAUAAUAAACUAUAAAUAUUAUUAAAUAUUGUACAUAAAUAUUAUUAGACUAUAAAUAUUAUUAAUUAUUGUAUAUAAAUAUUUGAUUCGAUAUGAGCUAGUGAUAUAUAUUUUAUGAAACUCUUUAUAAAAUUUCAUUAAUUUAAUUUGUAUAAUUAAUUUAUUAUUUAUUAAUUCUCAACAAUAAUUUUUUCAAUUUUGGAAAAAAUUUUUUAAUUAUUUAUAUUAAGUAUUUAUUUAUUUGUUCAUAGGAAAUAUGAAAAUUUUGUCAAUAAGAAUAUAUAUAUUUAUAUAUAUAUAAUUUUUAUAAAAAUAAAAUAAUAUCAAUUAAUUAUAUGUCUAAAAAGUAUUUUAAUAUAUAAUAACAAUAUUUUUUUAAGUUAAUUGUUUUAUACAUAUAUAAUAUAAAAUUUAUGUAUAAUAUUAAUAAAAGAACAAAACAAACAAAAUUUUGAUAAAUUAAAAGUGAAAAAUAUUAUAUGAAUUUGGACAUAUAAUCAAUAAUGUCGAAAUAUUGUGAUACGUGUUCAUUAUAUUUUCAAGAUGAACAUACCUUGCAAAGUCAUCUUGCAGGUAAAAGACAUUUAAAAGGACUUCAACAAUCUAAAGUUAUGGAGAGAUCAAUUGUUGUUUCUCCAUUACCAAAAUUUAUUCCUGCUCGUAAACUUAUUAACUUUUUUCAACAAUAUGGUGCAAUUAAAUGGUAUCAAUUUCGUCAAAAUUAUCUCACAGUUGAAUUUUAUGACAGAACUUCUACAGAAAUUUUAUUAAAUAAACCAAUUUGGAUAAAUAAUGUAAAAUUAAAUAUACAAAAAAGAAAACCACAUAUCAAUCUGAAAAGAUCAAAAUCAGAGAAAAAAAAUAAUAUCAUGGAAAACAGAGGUUCUAUAAGUUAUGAUAACAUAAAAUAUAUAUUUGACGAAGGAACUACAUUUGAUAAUCAGUUAAUGAUGUUUUUGAAUGCAAUACAACUUAAUGAUAUUGAAAUAGAAACAAAAUAUGAAUCUGUUUGUACACAAUUAGAUGAAAUAUUUAAAGUGAUAUUUCCAAAAUGUAAAACAUAUAGAUUUGGUUCAAGUCAAACAGGAUUAGGUUUUAAAGAAUGUGAUUUAGAUAUAUAUAUGGAUAUUGGUGAACCAAUAAAUGAAAGUAAAAAUACAUCAACAGAUUCAUGGACUAUGAACAAGAUUUUUAAAAGUGUGAAAAAAAUUAUGUACAGAAUGAAUGAUGUUUUUUCAAACAUAAUAGGAAUUCCAAAAGCGAAAACUCCUAUUAUAAAAUUUUAUUAUAAUAGAACAAAUGUUUCUUGUGAUAUUUCAUUUAAAAAUAUUUUAGGUAUAUAUAAAAGUUAUUUGAUAAAAUAUUGUUUGUCUCUUGAUAACAGAUUAAAACCAUUAAUGAUGAUUAUCAAAUAUUGGGCACGACAUUUUAAAAUAUCAAAUGGACAAAAAAUAUCCAAUUAUGCUUUAGUUUUAUUAAUUAUUUUUUAUUUACAACAACCAUCUGUUAAUAUUAUUCCACCUUUGAUGGUGCUUCAAAAUACAUGUCAACCACAAAUUAUAAAUGGUUGGCAAGCUAAUUUUGAUGAAAAUACAGUAUUACCACCAAUUACAAAUAAGAAUAGUGUUCCACAACUUCUUCAUGGUUUUUUUUUCUUUUAUGCAACUUUUGAAUAUAAAUCACAAGUAAUAUGUCCAAUAGAUGGAAUGAUACAUACAGAAUCAGAGUUUAAAGAAAUAGAAAAUUUACCAUUAUGUAUGAACAGAUAUAAAACAUAUAUAAAAGAAGAUGAUAAUCUUAAAUUCAUUGUUAAUAAACCAAUGUGUGUACAAGAUCCUAUAGAAUUAAGUCAUAAUGUUACAGCGAAUACAAAGUUUUCUACAUUAAAUUCUCUCAUAAAAUAUUGUGCAAUUGGUGCAGAAAUUUGUGCAAUGACUAGUAAAAAUGAUUAUAGAAAUCUAAUAAAAACUUUAUUUACUACAGUUAUAAAAAAAAGAAGUAAUCUUAAAUUUAAUAUUACUAUUUCUGCAAAUCAAUUUCAAUGUGAAACAAAUAAUAUUGAAACAUGUAUAGAUAUAGAAAAAAAAAAAUUUUCUAGAAAAGAUUGGUAUUCUAAUGUUUUUAAUAUAGUAAAAGAUACUUUUGAAAAAGUUUUCAAAUUACAACUUGAAAUAUUUCCAGUUGAAACAGGAACAAAACAGCAAAAGAUUGAUAUAUUAUCAGAUAUUCAUAUAGAAGAAUUACAAAAUAUUAUAUUUCAUUGUACUGGAUCUCAUUGUGUAUGGCGUAAUAGACGAAUUAACAAUAUUAUUUUAGAUCCCAGUUUAAGUUGUCUUCAAAAGGAAGCUUUUAUAUCAGAGCAAGUAAUAGAAAAUUAUGAUAAGGAAAAAGGAACAAAUAGAAUAAGUUUAGAUUUUAUAUGUAUGUUUAAAAAAAAAAAUCCUUUAAAAAUUAUUUUAACUUUAAAUAAUAAAAAUUGUGAUGAUCAUAUUUUUCAAGAAUUUGCAUGUUUUGCUAGAGAUAAGUUAGUUGAAAUAAUAAAACAAACAUUAAUACAUAUACAACAAUUUAAUAAAUGUUAAUAUCACAUCUGUAUAUUACAUGCAUAUAUUAAAUAUCUAAUUUUGGACCAAAAAUGUGUAAUUUUGAAAUUUAUAUUUGUAAAAAUGUUUUGUAUCUUAUAAUAUUUAUUUCUUUAAUUAUAUUACUUUUAAUAAUAUUAUUGAAUCAAAGUUAAAUUUAAAUAAAUCUGAAGUAUUUAUUUAA